AUGGUGCUUGGACGAACUUACAAAGAUCUUCGAGUGCAAGGACAAACUAGGACAGAAGUUUGUUCUUCAUAUACUAUUACUAGGACCGAGUUUACACUUGUUCAAGAUGUUGCCAACAACAUUUUGAAAUGUAUGAAGUAUUUAUACCUAAAGGAAGUGCCAAAUCUAGUCGGCCUAUCAUCAAGAAUCAAACAGAUUGAGUCAUUACUAUGUGUUGGCCUAGAUGAUGAGGUUCGCUUUGUUAGAAUAUGGGGAAUGGGAGGCAUUGAUAAAACGACUCUUGCCAGAGAAGUGUUUAAAAAAAUCUCUUAUCACUUUGAAGGGUACUGCUUUUUAGAACACGUUAGAGAAAUAUCAUCAAAAACUAAAUUAGAAAAUGAGCUUCUUGUUGAAAUAUUUGGUGAAGGAGAUAACAAUUCAAGAUCGAUGCUGGGAAUGCACCAGCUUCGCUAUAAAAAGGUUCUUGUUGUACUUGAUGAUGUAGAUGAUUUUGAACAAAUAGAAUUUUUAGAGAGCACUUCUUUUGGUUUGGGAAGUAUAAUCAUUGUGACAAGUAGAGACAAAAAUGCAUUUCAAGAUGCAGUUCAUGGAAUGUAUGAGGUUCCAACAUGA